CUCACCAACCCAACUCACCUCUCUUCUUUUAUCUAACCACUCAGUCCUCUGCUUUCUCUUUCAGCUCAGCUUUUUCAGACUUUUGAUUUCCCCAUGGCUGCUAAAGCUUUUUCAAGAAGUAUAACUCCUUCUUUGGUGCUUUUGUUCAUAUUUUUAAGCUUUGCACAAGGUAAAGAAAUCAUGGUUGGUGGCAAAACAGGCGCUUGGAAGAUACCUUCUUCUGAAUCAGAUUCUCUCAACAAAUGGGCUGAAAAAGCUCGUUUCCAAAUCGGCGACUCUCUCGUGUGGAAAUAUGAUGGUGGUAAAGACUCGGUGCUCCAAGUGAGUAAGGAGGAUUAUACAAGUUGCAAUACGUCGAACCCGAUUGCUGACUACAAAGAUGGGAACACCAAGGUGAAGCUUGAAAAGUCAGGACCAUAUUUCUUCAUGAGUGGAGCAAAGGGCCACUGCGAGCAAGGCCAGAAGAUGAUUGUGGUUGUGAUGUCUCAAAAGCAUAGGUACAUUGGAAUCUCUCCAGCACCUUCGCCGGUUGAUUUUGAAGGUCCGGCUGUUGCUCCAACAAGCGGAGUUGCAGUGUUGAAGGCUGGUUUGUUGGCGACAGUGGGGGUUUUGGUUUUGGGGUUGUUUUGAGUUUGAUAUCCAUUAGAUUAUUUUUUUAUGUAGUUGAGUUGCUAUAGAAAUAGCAAAUUCAUUUUUAUUUAUUGGUUUGAUUAUUCUA